UACAGGAAGUGUCACCUGAAGGCUGUUGCGACGAGGAGGGAAACACCGGCAGCACGAGAGUGAGGAUGUCUUCCAACGAAGAAGGUUACGUGGUCAAGAUCAGAGGCCUUCCUUGGGCCUGCACCCAGAUGGAGGUGGCCAGUUUCUUCUCUGACUGUGACAUCGUAGGCAAAGUCAACGGCGUGUGUUUCACCUACUCGAAAGAAGGACGCCCCAGUGGAGAGGCAUUUAUUGAAGUAAAAACCUCGGAGGAUUUCAAGAAUGCUCUUUGUAAAGAUCGUAAAUACAUGGGACACCGAUACAUUGAGGUGUUCAAGUCAAACCGUAGUGAGAUGGACUGGGUGCUGAAGCGUAGUGGCCCUGCUGACUAUGACAGCUCCAGUGGCUGCAUGCUGAGACUCAGAGGCCUGCCCUUUGGCUGCAGCAAGGAGGAAAUUGUUCAAUUCUUUUCAGGGUUGAGAAUCGUGCCGAAUGGGAUUACUCUGCCAGUGGACUACCAGGGGAGAAGCACAGGGGAAGCCUUCGUGCAGUUUGCCUCAAAGGAGAUAACAGAAAAGGCUCGGGGGAAACACAAGGAAAGGAUAGGGCACAGGUACAUAGAGAUCUUUAAGAGCAGUCGCGUCGAGAUCCGAUCUUACCUCGACGAACCCCGGCGGGCCAUCGGGGGCCAGAGGCCGGGGCCAUACGACAGACCCGUGAUGGAGGGCCCCAGGGUAGGCUACUUUGGCUCUGGUCCCAAUCGUGGCGGUUCUCUCAUGGACUCCAUGAGGGGCGGAGGGGGCUACGGGGGAGGUUACGGACAUACUUUUGACAGCUACAAUGGUUUAAAUACCUACGGCUUUGGGAACUGCAUGUUGGAUGAGCGUGUAAGAGAAGAGCGAGGAGCAAGAGGCUACAGUUACAGUCGUCAGGCUGAAGGAGGCUCAAGUUACCACGGCGGCCAUUUUGUCCACAUGAGGGGUUUGCCUUUCCGCGCCAGCGAGCUGGACGUCGCCAAAUUCUUCUCACCUUUGAACCCACUGAGAGUCCACAUCGAUGUCGCUCUCAACGGCAAGUUGACAGGAGAGGCCGACGUCGAGUUUCGCUCCCACGGGGACGCCGUGGCUGCCAUGUCCAAAGACAAGAACCACAUGCAGCACCGCUACAUCGAGCUCUUUCUCAACUCGACCUCCAGCGGAGCUGAAACGAGUCGUGGUGGUUACUAUGGUAAUUCAGGAGGAGGCUCACGGAGCAGCGGGCUGCGAGGCGUAUACUGAUGACACUAUUAAACCGUUUCCUUGCUCAUGGUCCUCAAGGGCAACAUUUUGUCUUCAAGCUGAUCUGACAUUGAUUGUUUUGGUUUUUGACCUUUCUCGUUCAUUUAAAAAUGCAUAAAGUACAGUAGUAAAGUGCAUUUAGUUAUUCUAUUCUGUUGGCAAGACUCGAGAGGAAGAAGCUGGAUGUGUGUAGGGUCUGAUUUUAUAGGAACCUUAUGUUUGUCAUCCUCGGUGGGGGCAAAUUGCACACACAAAAAAAGUUUUCAUUUGUGCUGCAUUGUCAAGACGAGCCACUGUCCCCUCACCUGUAGGAAACAUUUGGCAAAACAGGUAGAUUUGAUUAACAUCCUUUAAAAGUUAAAUUUGUACAACUUUUAAAACAAGUGUCAGUUUGUUUUUUGCCUCCCUCUUCAUGCAUUAAGAGGCUGAGUGUCCCGGAUGAGUUUUGCUUUGACGUUUAACAAAUGUGAGCCUGUGUGUUUGUAUCUUUUCCCAGUUUAUGACAAAAAUCUAAGUUGAGUAUCUCAGAUUUCAGCUGUAGUCUACUGUUUGCAGCAGUUGUACAUUUUGCCUAAUAAUUUUUUUAUUAAAUGAUCUUUACCUAUUA